GAAAAAUCAAACUAGUAACCCAAGUAUUUUUAUUGAAUGAACGAGUUGUUGUAUUUGUAGCCAGUUUAUGAACUGGAUGGAGUCGAAACUGGCUUGUACAGCAAGUUGUUUUUCUCAUCGGGAAAUGUCGAUCGUCAAUACCUGCACCGGGGACGUAAACAAACAAAACGUAACUACUGACUACAGGAUUGAAGGAGGCUACAAUCCAUUCUUGAAAACCAAAGUAGCAAUUUUACCAGUGGAUAAAGAUACGAAUUAUGGUAAAGUAAAAUAUUGAAAAUAACAAAACAAAGAUAGGAUAGGAUAGGAUAUUUGAAUAUAGAAUGAAUUUCAUUGUGGCA